GAGAGGGAGAGCAAAAUUUAGAGAGAGAAAGAGCGACGAGGUCUUUGGAGAGAGAGAGAGAGAGAGAGAGAGAGAGAGAGAGAGAGGAACAGAGAUAAUAGUGAGGCAAAAAACUGGAAAAUUACUCCAAGCCCCCUGAUCUUUUCAACAUUUAACGAAUUUACCAUCCUCUAUUGGCGCUUUAGGUCUCGGAAAUUUUGAUCUGAAUGAGCAGUUUAGGGUUUAGGUCCGUGGUCUAUCACGGCGAGCUUUGCUUGGGUGAGCUGGAGGCUAUUCCGGUGACGGAGGUCAAAUUUCAGUUCCCGAAUAACGAGAUUCGAAUCCACCACAUAUCGCAGCAAAGUGAACGCUGUCCACCUCUCUCAGUUCUUCAAACCAUUUCCUCAUUUUCGGUCCGAUGCAAGCUCGAAUCGGCCGUCCCUGUUGAACAGCCUCAUUUGAUCAACCUCCACGCCUCCUGUUUCUACGAGCUCAAGACAGCGGUAGUGGUGAUUGGGAAUGAGGAGAUUCACUUGGUGGCAAUGCCGAGUAAGCAUAAAAAGUUUCCGUGCUUUUGGUGCUAUUCGGUUCCGUUAGGUCUGUAUAGUGCUUCGCUUGGAAUGCUGAACCCGAGGUGUCUGUCGAUUGUAUUUGAUCUCGAUGAGACGCUAAUUGUUGCCAACACAAUGAAGUCUUUUGACGAUAGGAUUGAGGCUUUACGAGGCUGGAUUGCACGAGAGACUGAAAUGUCGCGGAUAGCUGGAAUGUCUAGUGAAAUGAAACGCUAUAGUGACGAUAGGUGGCUGUUGAAGCAGUAUAUAGAUAAUAAUUUUGUGGUGGAUAACGGGCAGCUUUAUAAGGUUCAAAUGGAGGAGGUCCCUCCUCUGUCAGGUAACCAUGAGAGAAUCCUUCGGCCAAUUGUUAGAGUGCCAGACAAGAACAUUGUGCUCACUCGCAUUAAUCCUGAGGUUCGUGAUACAAGUGUGCUGGUGAGGUUACGGCCUGCAUGGGAAGAUCUGAGAAGUUAUCUAACAGCAAAAGGACGCAAGCGGUUUGAAGUUCAUGUCUGUACCAUGGCUGAAAGGGACUAUGCCUUAGAAAUGUGGAGGCUUCUGGACCCAGAAGAACAAUUAAUAAGUUCAGAGCAACUUCUUGACCGUGUUGUUUGUGUUAAAUCAGGUUCACGAAAAUCUCUACUCAAUGUCUUCCAACAUGGAACAUGCCAUCCAAAGAUGGCCAUGGUUAUUGAUGAUCGUUCAAAGGUUUGGGAAGAUAAGGAUCAACCCCGAGUUCAUGUAGUUCCAGCUUUUACUCCUUACUAUGCUCCUCAAGCAGAGACAGCAAAUGCCGUUCCUGUCCUCUGUGUAGCAAGAAAUGUUGCAUGCAAUGUUAGAGGCUGCUUCUUCAAAGAGUUUGAUGAGAUUUUCUUGCGAAGAAUUUCUGAAGUUUUUUAUGAAGAUGUGGUGGUAAAUUUACCUCGUUCUCCUGAUGUCAGCAAUUACUUGAUAUCAGAGGAUGCUGGUUUUGUACCAAAUGGAAUUGCUCCCUUUAGUGAAGGAAUGCAUGGUGGUGAAGUUGAAAGGAGAUUGAGCCAAGCUGCAAAUAAAGGGGUUAACUUAUUGGCUCAGAGACCUGACAACUUCCAGAAAUUUGUAGCAACUGUUCCUAAUGUUCCUGGUGCAACUUCUUUGAGACCGGUCAUACCUACUCAGAAACCUAGUUUGCCUGUACCUCUUCCAAGACGAGACAGCUUUUCUGAUCGUGAGACUAAUACGAAGAGAGGACUUCUUGGUACAAUUCCUUGCCUAGAUUCAAGGAAUCAAAGCUCUGGUGAACCCCCACAAUCAUCUAGAGCACCGGCACAAACUGCAGCAUCCACAUUACAUGCACAAGGAGGGUGGUUGGUGGAUGAUGAAAAGAGAAGAGGAAAUUCAAGUUUUCGAUCUCCCGGUUCUGGUCAAGAGUCUGGUGUCUUAAAACCCGAGAAGAUGGUUAACCAGAACCCUUUUAAUCUUAAUAAACAGUCUACUCCCACUGGUUUACCCUUACAGAUGACUGGGGCAAGGAGGGAAGAGGUUAGCUCUGGACAUGAUUUCCAAAAGCAAAAUCUUCCUAUUCCAAGUCUGCUAUCAGAGGCUGGCGUGUCUCAGAAUCAGGCAUCCUCUUUUAGAAAAGAAUCUGGAAAAGUGAAUGCGCUGCCGUCCCCUUUAUCUAUCAGUGUACUGCAGGAAAUCGGAAGGAGAUGCUGCUCAAAGGUUGAGUUUAAAGCUGUUAUAAGCACCGGUAAUGAUUUGCAGUUUUCCUUUGAGGUUCUUUUCACUGGGGAGAAGAUAGGUUUUGGAACAGGAAGGACAAGAAAGGAUGCUCAACAACAGGCUGCUGCGAAUGCACUUCACAGCUUGGCUGAAAAAUAUGUCUCAUAUAUUGCACCACGUUCUGGAGCAGUGGACAAAGAUUUUGAUAAACUCUCUCUUGGAAAUGAAAAUGGAUUUGUUUUCGACAUAGUUGCACCAGGAUCAGCUGAGGUGCUAACGGAAGAUGGAGUGCCAAAAGAAAGUACUUCUGAGGCUUCUGAAGGUGAGCCUGAGAACUCUUCUAUUGUGACAAGUCAGCAACUUCAAAAGCGUGCCACUUCCCCAAGGCUGCAACCUGUUUCAAAUAAACGAUCCAAGGAAGAACUGGUGGGCGGUCAUCGAAACCUAUCAUAUUCUCGGCUGAGGAAGGGCCCUAGAGACAAACCUCGGGACUGAAGUCAUCACAUUGAAAUCCUGGUAGUGCAUCCUCCAUCUCUUGUAGAAAUGAAGUGAUGAUCCUCCAUGGCCUGCUGGAACUGUCGUGCUCUUGCUCCCUGUUUUACAAUGAACAGUGGCUGAGAAGGGGAGGAGAGAAAUGGAGUGAUUUUGACGCAUACAAGUUGGCAUCUCAGACUACUCGAAGCACCCUUUUCACUAGGCAUAGUUGUCAUAUAUUGCAAAGUGAAGAAGCAUUUGUAAUAUUGUCAUUGGAGAGGUCGGUUAUGAUUUUGUUUUUUCAUUUGCCCCCAUCUUUUCCUGCUCCUUAAGUUGAAUGUGGGGGAAUGGGAAUCGUCAUCUCUUCUUGUUCAUGCCAUUUUAAGCUCUUAGCUAUAAAUGUGAUGAUGCUGUACCUCCCUUCAGAGCACUAUGUAGUAUGUACGGUGGGCUCAUUUGCCUCAUUACAUGUUUUAGUUACCUGAAGACUUUCCGGAUAAUUUUCCGAUAAUUUCACAAGUGUACAAACGUGUUACAGCUAUGCUGAAUCAAUCAUAUAGGCAAUUCUUUCUA